GAGUGGAGUGGAGUGGAGUGGAGUGGAGUGUCGCGCGAGUACCCGGGUCCCCCUCGUGGCUUGAGCGCUCUCCACCGGGGUUUCUCUCUUUUCCUCGCGCCCCCCGCCGGCAACCACCGUCGCCGGAUGACGGCGCGUGUACGUGGUGCGUGCGGCACGGUACCUGUGUGUACGACGAGCGGCAUAGUCGACGAGGUGCGUCCCGUGCCGCCUCAUGUCUACGCAUCGUCUUCGUCGCACGGAGACAGCACAGCGGCUCGCCACCCCCGUGUCUACCCCUACCUCCGGCAGCAAUACCACCCUUCCUAGGCCCUAUGGUAGCCACACGCUUCAGUCGUCGGUCCCAACGACGCACAGCGGUUCGUUCACGAGCUCCAAGGGACAGGAAUAUCUUAUAAAGGGGCUCGAGGCGACGCUGAGUGACAGCAAGAAGAAGUACAACGACAAAGUGAGUGCGCUUCUGUCAGCCUGGGAGCAUGUCACCAAUUAUAUUCUUGUGGCACCGCCCGAGGACAUCCAGUCUCUCAUAGAAUGGGCUCACAGGCACACAUUGACAUUGAUAUUGCGCGGGGAGUGGCCGAAGUUGUCACCCGUCGCCAAAACGCACCUCUGCGUAACGCUGCAGAGGUGUACGUCUCGGCUGAAGCAACAUCCCGCUGCACCCACGUGCACCGCUCUGCUGGCUCUGGCGAACAAUCCAUGGAAGCAUCCCGUCCUCGACAGCAUACUUAACGGCAAACCGGAUUCCGAACAUGAGGAGGAAUUCUGUUGUUCGGAGAAAGGCGAGCUGCUGACGAUGAGACUGAAGAUACUCUGCGAGGACCGCUGCGAGGACAUAGCGGUGAACCUCGCCGCUGCAUGCGUGCGCUCCCUCAGACGAAGCGAUCAGCUGCGGUCGCUUUCGGAGUCUCAUCACGUUCACUACAUGAUCGACGUGUACAUCGUUCUCUUGUACAAAUUGAAACGCACGCAAGAUAUUUUCGCUCAAUUAAAAUUAAUGGACCUCAACGACGGGCUUGAAUUGGUCCAAAGGCUUAGCGGUGAGAAGCCAACGAAGUAUGGAACGGCGCGUGUUUGGAGAAAUUCGAUAAAGGCCGCGGAAUUGGUCGCGCAGUAUCUCGUUACUGCCGGGAUGGUUCGACCGGUAUCGGAAACCGGUGCAAAUAUUUUGGAGCAGAUUUUGAACUCUUGGGCGCUGUUGCACGCAAAAUUGAAGGAUGUUGCACCGACUCUGCCCGGCAUGAUUAGAAAAUUAAUUGAACCCGCGGAAAGUGCUCAACAUAUUUAUAUCUUCUGUGCAGUACUUGCAAAACAUUUCGGCGAGAGUAUAAAACCUUUGGUGAUCGAACUGUACAUCAGAGCGCUAACGACGGAUAUGAACGAGCUGGAGAGUCAGAAGGCAAAGUCGGACAAGGAUAAGGUGCGCGAAACAGCCAAGCGUCUGAGCACGCAAUUCCUCAAAUUGGCGGACGUAGUAGACAGCAAUAUUGGCAUCGCAAGAGAAUGCGUUUUGACGGCAUUCUCCUUACAUCCUACUAGAGCCUGUUACGACAGAAUAAAGGAAUUGGCGGUGGCGUGUGGAAAGGUGAAGGAAGAUAGCGUUUCGCAAGAGGAGCAAAUUCAAGUCAAGGAAGAGCCCAAGGAAAUUGGAGAAGACGAUCAUCUCCCCAUGUCGGUCAUCAAGAGCGAAGUGAAAUCCGAGCUAACGGAAGAUAACGGCGUCACGGAAACACCCUCGACGCCCUCGCUGAGUUCGACAGUUUCGGAAGCGCAGCCACCGCAUCAAAAUUUAACCGUCGCCAAAGGCGUGGACUAUCAGAACGGUCAGGUAACGAAAACGUUCGAACGGACUGAUCAGUUGUUGAAGACUCUGUUAACGACAAAGAAUCCCAACGUGACAUCGUCUGACACGGCAACACCAGUGGCGUCAACCAGUGACAGGUGUCCGCUGCAUCCGAAGCGUCAUACUUCAUCCGCGACGCUCGGCGAGCUAUGUUUCAAUUGCGGCGAAUUCACCGGCAGUAACCAGCUGAACGACGAUAAAUCACAAUUGAACGAAACCAGCACGACGCCGGGCAAGAAUGUGGAGAGAACAUUGGACGCAUUGAUUCUGAUCAAGGGCGACGCGGUGACGGGCUCAGCGAAUUAUGACGAGAAGUCUGUGCCCAGCCAAGUGUUGGAUGGUGAGAAACUGGGUCUAUCGCCGCAAUUGUGCGACGAUUUGGCUGUAGUAUUGAGUAGUCCACGUUACCACAUGCUCAGUUGGGUACUGGACUGGAAGGAGUUGAAGAAUUUAUGCGAGCGAUACCUGGAAAACGCUGAGGAGAUGCGCAAUACGAACAAGGAGCUUAAAUAUUUGAACAUUGAUUACUCGCAAUUCAAGGAUUGGCCAUCGGAGGACGAUACUAAGGACGUCUUCUUCGGUAUCGAGAAGGGUUACGAGCAGUGGGUUGACAUGCCAUCCGAUAGUUCCGAGCAAUUUGGUAGCUUCCAGCCGGCGGCCGGCUAUAAACGUUCGUCGAUGCGACGCAGUUUAGAUGAUACCACUACGGAUUCCGACAGUGGCAGUGUAUUGCGCGUGCGACGCACCGCACGAGCGCGGAAGAUCCAUCGGUUGGAAUCGUCCGAGAGCGACUACGACAUCGCCGAACGUAAACCAAAGCACUUUAGAAAUAGGAUUAGCUCGGUGUCGGACAGCGAUAGCAACACGCAAGAUAGUCAGACUGACAGUUUGGGCAGCGACGGUUGUCGGUUAGAGAACAAGAAGAAAUCCAACAAAACGAGCGGUAAGGAGCCUAGCAAGAAACGCUCGAAGACAUCGAAGCUCACCGUUGAAUCUGUCUCGCAUUUUCAUAUGUUAGUGAACGAGGAACGGCACACGAACACGCAUGAGGACGCCAGUGGCUCUGAUGUUAGCAGCAAUGACAUUAUUACUCUCUUUUCCGCCGACAUGGACGAAAAUAAGCGUGAGACGAUCAAGGGCUCGGCGUACACAGCUGCGGCGCAAUUGAUCAUUACUGAAAGGCGAAGCGAUCCGGCGGUGCUGAAAUCUCUUAGGAUGUUCAGACCGCAAAGCUCGAAGAAGCCGUCGAGGAUUUCACAAAUUCUGCAGAAGAAUUUAUUAAACAAGAGCAAGGAUGCUAAUAAUGGCAAUCGGACGGAUGCCGAGCAACAGGCGACCAACAACAUUGCAAAAUUUGCGCCCAUGCUGAGCACGCUAAAUCUGAACCCGAAGAUUGUGCUGACGCGCACAGACGAAGCCGAUCGUAAAUUAACAAGCCGUAGCAAGAAACAGCAGCAGCGGCUGAGUAGCGGUGACAUCACCAGCGAGCUGAUCAACAUACAAAAGACGAUGCCGUUCUCGCCGAACAAGAGUGUAAUAACUUAUCAGAAGAAACAGAAGGAGCAUGUCGCGAGCGGUAAGAACAACGCCGGCGGCAAAAGGUGCUCUGUGGUAGUUGACGGACGUCGCGAUCGUCACCAUCCUAAUUACAAUUCCGUCAUCAAGUCCACCUUGGGUAAAAACAAGUUUGAUAUUCUCGAGAAGGCUGCCAGGGAUUCUGACAUAUUGGCAAAAAAUGUGCCAGGUCUCAACUCGCUGGACAUGAUGGUACCGCCCCGCCAGAGUUCCACGGUGAACGUUGUCCAACUCUCGAGAAGUGGCGUGCCGCAGAGCCCGAGUUCCGCCACGGGCACCACGACAAGCAUUAACGUCAGUGGCGGCACGCCACCGCGGCCAACGCGCACCCCAAGUGUGGCUAGCAAUCAGAGUAGCAGUGGCGGUGGCAACAGCAGCAUACAGCUGCCGGGUACUCCGUCUUCAACGGGCGGCCACGACAGCGGCGUCGGCAUGAGUCCAGCUGGCCAAACACCACCACUGAGAUCGUCGUCGAACCUCGGAACUCCGGACACCGUCGGCGAGGAGGCUAGUCAGCCACUGGAUGCUGCGUCACCUACGACUAUCGGCCCGACGAUGACGAUGGCUGCCAACAAUGUUCCCUCGGUAAUCCAUCAACUUGACAUCGCUUCUACCGAGUCGUCAAGCCCGGUGAGAUCGAUGGCACAGAUGCGUCGCGCGAGCAAUCAACAGAACAACCAAUCGCCGAAAAAGUCACCCUCUUCGCCGUGCUCCACGGGCGUAGGCGUAAUCACGGCUACAACGAUGACAACGGCGACGACCACGAUGUCUUCGGCCGGAUUGAUCGCGACGUCCAUUGCGUCCGAGUCGUUAAAACUCAUUUGCAAAUCCGACGGCAGUUACCACCUCGCGUCGGUCAAUUCCAACCAAAUCGUGUCCAAUCAGAGGAAUCGCUUGAGCCUGCAAAACUUGGAGGACGGUAGCAGUGCGAAUUUUACACGACAAACGAUACAACGUGGUGCGGAUGUGACAGGCGGCGCGCCGUCCAACAGAAAUACCUAUGAUCGAUUGACCGGCACCGGUUCCAUUGUGAAGAGCGCGCCUCAGACCGGUCAGAACGCUGUCCUACCCAAAUUUCAACAGGCCUUUCGUAAAACCAUCUACACCCUGCCGGCCGAUGCGACCGCAAGUGGAGUCGUUAGUGCUGCGACAGAUGCACCGCUAGGCAACGUUCAACAAGUGGCGACGACGUCGCCGCAGAAGACGACGACAAAUCUCUCGAAGGCGGUACAGACGUCAGUUCCGAACAAUCAGCAACAGCAGACGAACGUUGGUAGCGUUAACGUGCAAUCAAUUAUUCCCAAUCUUUCCCAACUACCGGCUGGCAGGCAGAUAGUCAACAUUGUGCCGAAUUCCGGUAACAAUGGCCCGGCGAACGCCUCUAUCGGUUCGAAUCAGGCCGCGAAUCAAACGCUCCAACUUGUGCAGAACACCAAUUCGUCGAACGCCGGAAGCGUUAUAUAUACGCACAAGGUAAUAACCAAUAAUCCAAAUCAGCUCAACAUCAUCAGCCCACCAACGAUCAUAUCGCACGCCAAUUCGGUACCCGGUGCCAGAACUCCUGUGGUCAAGCUUAACAUCAUCCGUGCGCCGGUCAGACAGCAGAAUCUGACGGGAACCAUCCAGGCUGUCUUGACGCCGAGGAUGCAGCAGCAGCAGCAGCAGCAACAACAGCAGCAGCAGCAACAACAGCAAGCUGUGAGAGCGGAAAGUCUGAUCGGUUCUCCGAUCGAGGUGAACAAUCAAGUGAGCUCGACAACUCUGGAACAAUUACGGGAGUUCGAGAGCGUGCUGGAACAGGUGAAGGAGAGGAGUAUUCAGCCGCAGUCUCACCAGUCGAUCUCCAAUAGCGCGACCACGACAGCCGUGCAGACGCAAACCACUACGCAGCAGACUCAGGCAAGCAAACAGCAACAGCAGCAACAGAUAUCUGUCAGUACUCUGGCGCAGCAACUGAUGAUGCCGACGCAGUCCAGCGCGAACAGCGAGUUUGCCAGCAACGGCAGUGCCGUGGCAUACCAACAGGAGUCCGUGUAUCCGCAGAAGGUCUCCCUGGCCUAUGUGAAUCCGAACAGCGGCACCGCCAAGGUGGCUAAUUCCACAACGCCGGUGGUCGUGGUCACCAGCUACUGUCAACCAGCGGCGUCGCCGGCGCUGAGCGUUACGUCUCAGAGUUCCUCGAGCCCGUGCGUAACGCCGGCGCCAGCGCCGAUACCACCGUCGGCUGGCAAAACACCAUCGACACCGUCAUCCGCCGUAGCUGGGACCGCUGCCGCGGUCGCUGCCAAAGGCAAUGUGAAAAAAUCAACACCCAAGACGGUCAAAAGCAGCGCCACCAAUACGUCGAAGGCAUCGCCGAUACCGAAACCGCAGCAGAAGCCACAGGAGGACGAGCAGACUGCCCAGCGGAUCUACGCGAUUCUCGACGAAUACGCGGAGCAGCUGAGAAAUUCGCCGGAUCUCAAUAACAAGCCGGCACCCCGCAGAAGAUCUAAUCCGCCGACCAAUCCGAGUCAAUCGUCGAAGAGGAAGAAAUCGAGCUCCAACAAGUCCAAGCCGGUGGGACAGCAGACUUCCGAAUUGAGCCCUAGCACGGAUGAUCUCGGCAGGACUAUGGGCAGCGAGGACUCGUCGAGCGGUGUUGUACACGUGCAAGACAGUCCGGCCGGUUUCUCCGCACCAGAGGAGCCAUCAAUGAGCGCGGAUGCGAGCGCUGAGGUGCGCAAUCUGACGAAUGACUCGAAUGACGGCGUCGAACUGAACGUGAAGCGACGUAAUCUCAUCUUUACGGAGCCAGGCUCAGGCCAGCCACGCGCGGUAAUUGUCCAGGAUGCAAUGCAACCGGGUUCGGUGAGCGUCAGUGAGGCGAUUGCCUCCGUCACGGGCAAGAUGAGUACUGCAUCGGUCCUAAUGCCCGCCAGUAUCGUGGUGCCGCUGAUGAAGGGCACCCAGCAGUUUACCAUAGUGUCCGGGUCCAAGCUGCUCACUAUGCCGACAACCGUGCGCACCACCAGCACAGUUCCCAACACUCUGCUGUUACAGUCCUUGUUCAAUCAAGGCAAACUGAUCCCGCAAUCGCAGGCCAAGCAGAUGAAGAUGCCCACCUUGCAGACCUUGUCGAACAAUCAGACGCUGACCGGCGCGCAGAACGUUCAGAGCACGCCCGUGGUGAUAUCGCAGACCGGAAGCACGCCGUUCGCUGGAGAGGCGGCCGCCGUGGCGGUAUCCACACCGGACAAGCCCAAUGUUAUCGGUGAGCUGACGCUGAAGAAUGAUACUGUGGCCGCCGGUAGCGCGAUCGCGGUCGAGUCAACGGCGACGAGUGCCGCCGCCAUCGUGGUGAACAAGAACAAUCCCACCCUUAGCCUGAUCGGAACUCGGAACAUCAACGAGAUAUCGGACAGCCAGCAAAUAUGCGGCGUUAUCACCAGCAAUCCGACGCUGCAGGGCACGAGGUUCUUCAACUCGGGUAUACACAAACUGUCAUCGGCGUCUACCACCCUGAAGGCGGAAAACGUGGUCUGCAUUGCGCCGACUGCCGCGGUCUCCCAUUCGCCGGAAAAGAAAUCCCCUCAGGACGGGCAGAUACACACCGAGAAGCCAGUAUCCAUACAAACGAGCGCUAUUGCGCUCACUUUUGCCCAGCAGACUGAUGUAAACGCCAUGCUGAACGAUGCAAAUCAGCAGCAGCAGCAGCAGCAACAGCAACAACAGCAGAAGGACACGAAGGAAGCAUCCACUGAGAUAACGUCCGGUACCAAAAUCAUUUCACCGAAAACUGUAAAGAGAAAAUUCGACAACGCCAUCGGCAUGCAGGAAAACAUAUCGCCGAGAACUUUGAUCGCUACGAGCAUUGCCACAUCGUUACAAAAUAAUACGAAAAUUGAAUCUAUGUCUCCCAUUACUUCCACAAACAAGCAAUCGAGCGUUAUUGGUAGCACGACGCAGUUCUUGGUCACCGGUGGGCCGAGCAGUUCGGACAGCCAGGAGUCAUCUGUGCAGCAAUCCACUGAGACAAUCGACGGAUCCUGUAAAGUUGGGAACGGGCUGCUUUACGAGAACGCACGCUUGCAAGAGGCCUGGGAGUCGGAAGGAAAGAUCUCGCCGGACACGCCAUGGAGAUACAUGGUUCCCGCAUCGAUGAACGCGCAGAGCAACGAGUCGUUGAAAGUGUAUUCCAGGGAUAACGACAACUCCGAGAGCGUGCUGCAGAUUAUCAACAAGGGCCAGGGCAUCGAGAUGGCAGGCGGACAACUCUAUCAGUCGAACGCGAAAAAGUACUUCAUGAAUCAUACUCUAGACACUCCGUACUCCAAUAAGAGCAAUUUGAUGAAAUCGCAGCUGAUUCCCAGAUUAGACCGCGAGUUGACGCAGCAGAGGAUAGAGAAAAAAGCCGCGUACGAGCUCAAACUGCAAAAGAGCUUGUCAGAGGAGUGUGAAGAUCUGGGAGUCGACGAACCUAGUACCAGCGAGCUGUUCCCCGAGGCAGACCUGCUGUUCGAUACAAAUCACUCGCCGUCAUUUGAUCAUUCCUCACAGGAUGCGUCCUGCAGCCAGUCUCUGGGCAUGAAACCGUACAACAGUUCAUACUUCCGGUCGUUGGACUCAUCUAGCGGCAGCAGGGACGCCAGUCCAACAAGCGAUUUCAAGACGAACGAACGCAAGAAGAACGCGAGUCAACGCACGAGAACUUUAAAGGACUCGUUGAAAAGAGGGAAGCGAGAGAAGGAGGAACUGCAAUUGGACAUUCCGGCGAAACAUAUGCGACUGACCCUGGAUAAUCUGAGCCAGGAUGAAGCGUCCAAUAGCAACUCGGACGUCUCCAGGUUAUCACCGGCAAAUCUUGGCUCUUUGGAGAACGAUUCGUCAAAAGAUAUGAGUCUUCGUGUGAAACUGAUCUCGAGGAGCGGCUCAAAAGAAGGGACACCCAGCAGCGUAUCCAGCAUACCGUCUAACAUGAAACUGGACAUCGAUUUGGAUUCGGAAUCAAUGCCGCCCUGCAUUAACGUCAACAACACCUCGACGGCAAGUUCGGGCGACGAAAGUUUGACCCUGUUGAGCGGCAAUACCGCGGACCAUCAUACCAUACCGUCGCCACUGUCCCCAUUGGCUGCAGCUGGACCGUUGCUAGCUACGCACAAGUACACGUAUGCCAACAAAAAGCGGGUGUCCCAGUUGCGCAUGGACUCGUACAUGGCAUGGGAGAACGCAAUGUCCGAGCGUGCGAGAUCCAGCAGCGACGAUGAGGACUCGAGCAUUAGCGAGUCGAUUAGUAGCCAAGUAGAGGACAACGUCACGCUGAGCAAUGGCCUGGAGGAUAGUGUACAAAUGUUAAAAUCCUUGUCCUCGGAUCGGCAUUGCACUUAUAUGAAGAAGAAGGACAAACUGCAGAUGAAUGCCGCGAGGGUGAUCUUGAAUCGUACCGAUCACAAACAGACAGCGGCGGCGGCAGCGACGCUUGUUAAACGGAUUCCCAAGGCAGAACCGAUGGCGACGACGGAGUCGAUGGUGGUAUCGAGCGACAAAGCGUCGGAGGCGUCGGAGGACGAGACGGGCAAUAUCGUACUAAUGGAGCCGGCGGAUUGCCGCGCAAGAAGAUCCAGUCUGCGCUGUCACGUGAAGAAAAACUGCGCGUGCUGCAACGGCUCGCCGGAGCGACCGAAGAAGAAGACAACGCCGGCGACGACGGUUAAGUCGACGGAUCACAAGCUGAAGAAGCGACUGCCAUCGAAGCAACCCGGCAAGAAGAGGUAGUCCUAGCGAUCGAACGCUCACGCGAGCAUCGUAACGUAUUGUUAUAUCAUGUUAGCGCGUCGUCGUUGCCGGUGGAUUAUGAUGCGACGACGACGCGGGCGUUUCAGCGCGUUUGAAACUAGGCCCAAGGGGGCUUUAACGCUUCUCGCUAAGAAACACGAUUCGACCAGCGAACAAUCUUACUUGCGGAUCAAACGAUCCACGGCGAUGGUGUUGUAAAUAUAUUAUUAAAAGCGCGCUUAGACGCGAAUUCCGUGAAUCUGUCACACUUACAAUAUUUGGAACAUUCGUCGGCUGCAUUAGCACGCAAGCAGGCAGGCAGGCUCAGUUGCGAGCAAAAGAAAUAUUCUCCAGGAGUUUAAAUUAACAGUGGAUCUACUUCACGUCGGUGUGCAUGUUGUGUGCAUGCAAAUUAAUAUAUGAAUGAAUAAAUGCGUGAAAGGAGAGAGGAUGGGAAUAUAAUAGAUGUACGAUUUAUUACUAAAAAUAGUUCUCUCGUCGAUAACAGUAGAUCAUCCCUCUACCAUUAGAUGUUAAUUACGACAUUAGAGUGUAAGGUACAGAUCAUUUAUGUAUGACAGACUUAGAUUUUUAAUCGUUAAGGACCGUUAGCGAUGCAAUCUAGUCAAGUCGUUUUUUGUGGCGCAGGAAUAGGCGACGAGUGAAUAAAGCGUUAAGAUUAAAGAAGCAAGCGAAAACCGUAUCGGAAUAGAUCCCUCGCAGAGUAAAAAGAGCGAGCAAGAGAGAGAGAGAGAGAGAGAGAGAGAGAGAGAGAGAGAGAGAGAGAGAGCCUGGAUUUAUAUAAUUCAACCUACAGUAUGUUUAUCAUGGCAAAGCUAUUCCACGUUGUAACAUGGUGUGGUCAGACUGAAUAGACAAAUAAUAAUAGAGUUCUCUUUCCGAAGAAAUAUUAGGGUAUAGUAACAAGGAUAUGCGGUCUUGUUGGGAGCCGCAUCGUCUUUGCCUUUCGUGUAAUGCUUACCUGUAUCUGUAUAACUCUAACUUUAUAUAGAAAGAAAAUUGUCGCUGUAAAUUCUUGGCACUCUGCUCUUAGACAACCCUCGAAGAACACUGAGGCCAUUUGGACGAGACGAUAUACCCGAUUUGAGGUGUGCGAGGCGUAAGAAGUUGAGGGAAAGAGAAGGAGAGAGAGAGAGAGAGAAAAAAAGAGAAGAAAGAUGUGGAGUGGCAAUAGUAUGUUCUACGGAUCAUUCUAACAGCUGUCUGUUGUACGGCCCGACCAUACCUUGUCAUGGUGCGUGUAAAAAUCCACGAUUGUACAUUGCGUAGAUAAUUCAUUAAAAAGGUAUAAUAUUAUAUAUAUAUCGCUGCACUUUAGUACAAAAACGCUUCACUUUGUUUCAGAUGAGAAUGAUAGAUUUAUAUCGUAUCUCCGUGUGCUAUCGUGAAACGUGUGAAUGCCUGCAAAUUUUACUAUGGACUUACUCUAAACUUGUAACUUGUAAAAGCUCGUGAGAACGGGACGAGGCUGCAUGGGAGUAUAUGAGUUUACCUAACACAUUUCGUUAUGAUAAUUACGAUUAACGAGGAAACGUACGUCGGGCGCUGAUAUCCAUUCCAAAAUUUUUAUCCCGGCGCGCGAUAUAUAUGUAUAAAUAUAUAGAGAACUUCGUCGAGUUUGUUCUUUCUCUCUUUUUCUGUUCUCUUUCGAUGUUGAAAGAAAAGAAUAUCGUAGCUUCAAGUAAUCGAGGUGUAACUGUUCCUGUGAAUAGUGUCUCAUUACGUGAUAUGAACCAAAGUGAAGGCUCUGUCGAGAAGGCAUAAGGGAACCGCGUAAUGAACCGAUGUGGAAAACGAACAGCAAUACACGUGUAGAAUAUGUAAAUUGUAAUUAAAAUUAUGUAAUUAAAAUCUAUAGAUUUUUGUUUUUUUUUCUAUAGAAAAUGAUGAUUUAGUUAUUUGUUUUAGUAAUCGUUAGUAUUAUACGUAGAAGAGAUUAAGGAUGUAAUAUUUGUUGUAAACAUACACUACAUUAUUAUCUGAUACAGAGAUUACUUAUAUGAUGAUUUGACCGUUGAACGGAAAUCCAAGAAGCUUUUCUUAAUUAUACCUUUGAAUCUAACGUCGUCACAGAUAUUAAAAUUAUGAAAAAAAAUGGAUAUUUCUAUAUGAUAUAUUAUUUUCUAACAGAAUAGUGUUGCAAUUUUUUAGUUAACUUUUGUAUGUAAAUCAUAUACAUAAAAUAAGAUGAUUUAAGAUUUAAGUAAGAUAAUUGAUAGUUUUCUUGUUAUUGCGUUUCAUUUUCAUUUACACAUUCUACACGUAUGCUAGGCAAAUGAGAUGAUUAAUAUCUUUCUCUCUGCGAGACGUAUAUGUGAUACAGUCGUUUCGUUAUAAAUGUAGCAAUAUCGCGAAACUUCCUUUCGGUUUCCGACAAUUUAAACGAACCUACCUCGUGCGCUUCAUCUCUUUCUAGUUUAUCUCGAACCACGGCUCACGAGGAGCGUGAAAAUUCGAAUAUUCGUGUAUACGAUCGUUCGUGUUUCUCGUAUGAUAGAAAGUUCUAUAAUCUCGCGGCGUAAAAACGCUAAUCGCGUUUUCCGAAGAAACACGUCGACGCUUUUCUUCUUUCUUUUUUCUUAUCAUCUCGAUCCCGAAUUUUAUUUUAAUUACAGCUUUAAAAGUCACUUGGGUUAUAGCUAACAGGAAGAAAUAUUGUACAGAAACAAGAAAUUAUAUGUAAAUAAAUUGCUUUGAGUACUAUUUAUGUUAACUCGCUAACUCUUGUGAUUGUAGGGAGUGAGUAAAAAGCGCAAGUCUGUUAAUAUCUGUCCGAUAUUAAUUGCAAUUUUAUUGUAACGUGGCCUAGAUCAUAGAUCUCUUCCAAACAGUUUUACUUUCUCAGUUUCGUUUCGUCAGUAGGGGAGGAAGAGCCCAAGCACAAAAAACUCUUAUUUACAUUAAGCGAGAUCGAAUUGUCUUAUCUGUUUACUGAAGUAUCAGGUUUUAUGUAAUCGGGUCUGCACAAAAUGCGCGAGGAUUUUACUUUUCAAUCGAUAGAAAGUAAAAGCCUGAAAGUUUCAUUUGUGGAUAAAAUAAAUUUAUUUACAGAAAAGGAACACCAUGCUCUCCCCCUUCUUUUUUUUGUAGACCGUAUCUUUUAUUUUAUGUUCACGACAAUUCUCCUCCGCGGCUUUCCCGGUGUUUCUUCGUUUUCCGCGCGAGAGAGGAGCGUAUCCCAAAGAAAGAGAGAAUUCGCGUUUCCACUCGAGCCACUUGUAUAAAGCGAGAACCAGUUUAAUGUAUUUAUCCUCGCGGUAAAAGUAAGAGAGCGAGCUCUAUCUUCCUGUAUAUUAGAGAGAAAGGAAGGAAAGGGGAGGCGGAGAGAGAGAAGGAAAAAAUACAGAGAGAGAGAGAGAGAGAGAGAGAGAGAGAGAGAGAGAGAGAGAGAGAGGUCGGAACGGCGUGUCUCCGCGUGUAUAAAAUUCCGAGCGAGUGUCUCGCGCCCAAAUACAGAUGCGUAUUUUUUGAACGGGACGUCAAUGGGAGAUAAUAGCUUCUAGCUUCACGCACAUCGGACGCGCGUGUACACCACUCGAUUCGUCGGUGAUAGUCUGGCCUUUCGCCACCCAAUUUAGUCGUACCAAUCGCAUUUAUCAUAGAGGGGUAUGUAGUCUUCAUCGUUAAGGCAAAUCCGAGGUGGACUCGAGGAAAGAGGAGCAGGAAAGAGAGAGAGAGAGAGAGAAAAGCGAGGGGGGACGUGAUUGAGGCGCGGAUCGGAACCGGUGACGACUUCCGGGCGUCGAAGACACCUGCGGAUCAGUCGGCCUCCCGUUCGCCAUCAGUAGGGGGGAGGGGGGGGAAGGGGUGAGAGAUCGAAAAUCCGGUCUCACCGAGAUUCCCGCACCGGUUUCAGGCCUUGGCGUUUUGCGGGGUCGGGGGCAAGGUUUCCCAAAGCUAGCUUCUUCAGGUACUUAAGGAGAGGAGAGAAAGAGAUAGAGCGAGAGGGUGGAGAAGAAAAGAUAAUGAUAAAAUAAAACAACCCGCUUUACACUGGCCGUUAAGCGAUAACUUAAGAGUUUUUGUAUCGUAUGUUUGUUAAGACUACUGUUUUUGUCACUCAACACCCUACCAGUAUUCGAGAGAAAGAGAGAGAGAGAGAGAGAGAAAAGAGCGAGUGAAGGAGUGAAAGGAAAUGAGAAAGAGAACCCGAGAGAGUGCGCGAGUGCUGUUGUAUGUCACUUUAGUAUCAUUAAAACGAGCGACGUAUAGUAAAAGGAAAAAAAAAGCGAAGAGGAUGAAGUUGCGAGCGCGAGCGAGCAAAGGGAGGCGUGGAGGAGACGAGCGAACGGCCGUACACCGCGAAACGUACAUUCAUUAAGCUACGCAAUGUCGUCUAGCACAAAUCAGUCGAGAUAAUUUGAGCGAUCGGAGAUUGCGAGGGGAGGAACGGUGGGCGAGCGCCGCGAACCGUGAGAACGUGACGCGAGGUUGAUCGCGAAGGGACGCUCCUCCUGUGUACAUAACGAGCGAUAGGGGAAACAAUGAGCCACGUGUUUCGCAACGGGAACAUUUCUUAGAGCCGCUACGCGCCGAAUGUUAUUUUAAGGAGCCGGGUUGUCCCUCCACAAUAAAAAAAAAACGAAAUGCGCCGCGAGGAGACGCGCGGCCUUUCGCGAUCUCGAGGAGGGACACGCGUUUCCUCGGGGAACCGCGAAAAUCGGCAGGUUCUCAUGCGGCAGAUAAGGAACCGCGCACCGGUCCGACUAAACGAUGAUAUUAAUUACUUUGCGUCGGAGGCAUUUUUCGAGGGCCCUCACACCUUACUGCUUUAUUGUUAUUUGUAGGAACAGCGACGCGCUGCGAAUUAUUUGUAUCGUGCGCGCGAAACGGCAUCGUACUUCCCUCUAGGAAAGAGAACCAGGCUUAUUUUUUCACACGGGGGUGCUUGGGACCUUUUAGGUAAAAAUCCGUUCGAUUCGGUAUUCGCGCGUGUACAUUGCGGGCAAGAGGACGAUGCACAAAUUGCAAUCGCGACUAACGCGGGGGAGAGGUUUUCCGUGUAACGAAGCAAUCCGCCGUAUUUCGUUCGCGAGAGAGAGGAAGACACUCUGUAAAUAGGAUUUUAUUUUGCGAAGCAAUUUCGCAAAACCUUUUUUUUCUCCAUCGUAUUGCACUUGCAGAUUUUAGACGACGGGUCUUUGCCCGGCAUCAGAUUAAAAGUCAAGCGCAAUUGUCUACUCUUGUUUCUGCUGGAUGAUAAAGGAAUAUCAAAAUUAUUUAAACUGGGAUUUGAUUGCGCGAUGGAAAUAUGGUUUGCUUCCCACCGAAUCUCCAAAUCUCUCAGGCUAAAUUUUACACGGUAAUGACGGAGAGCUGUAAUCGCUUUAUUGUUAUUAAUCUCUUAAAUCUUAAAACAACGCCCCAUCCAGGAAUUUAGAGCAGCAUUUGCAUUUCACUUUGUAAGUGAAAGUUUAGAAUAAUUAUUCCUGUAGUAUUUUUCUAAGAAUUGGCAAAAGAUUGUAAGUUUUAUAUUGGUUUUCAACAUAAUGUAAACUUAUGCAUACGUUAUUAUUUCUAGAGAAAUGUCUUUGUGUUUUAUUACUAAAAAGAAAUUUGAUAAAAACGAUAUGUUACAAGAAAUUAGAAUCUAAGCAUUUGUAUCUUUCGUCCUUAAUACUCGACAGAACUGUACAGAUUAUAAGUGUGAGGCCCGAUGCGAAAGGGGUCGUUUUGCGAGAAGCUCGGGUUUCAGAAACGUACCAUGAUCCACUGAUGAAAAUUGUAACAUCGCACAUACACACCUACACACACAGUAGUAGUCUCCCCCAUCCUAUAAAUUUUGUUUUUAUGAAGAUUGCGAGAGAUAAGAGGACGAAAGGGAGGAGCAGAGAGAAAAAUAGAAAGGGAGAAAGAGAGAUGAAAAUACUCCUUGGAUAUGACUGUACAGCGUAUUAACUUGUCCGGAGGUACAUAUAUCGGGGAUCCUUUUUCAAAACUGAAGUAUUAAGGAUUGCAUAUUGUACAUAAACAAGACAUAUUUUCUAUAUAAGGGACGUCGCUCGGUAAAAAGGCCGAUGGCUCGAAAAAUACUGCAAUAUUAUGAUAAUUCUUUCAAGCGGUAGGAUAGCCUUUAAUCGUUUUAUGUAAUGUAAUGAUAGAAAAAGAGAGUCUGGCAGAAUAAAAGUGAAAGUUCUGUAUUUAAAUAUCCUGUCGGUGUACAUUCAUUCACACACACGUAUACACGCAGAUACGUCGCAUCCCAAGAUGUAGGAGCAACUUUGUCAUCAGGAGCAUUUAAUUGCACGUAUUUACACAACCACAUUAAUCAAGAGCUUCGGAUCGUAAUCUGCGCAUCGCGAUGGGCAACUAAAAUUGUCUAAUUUUUAACUCUAUUGACCGGAUCAGGAAAAUAGUUUGUGUUGCAUGCAGGCAAUUCAGAAUUUCUUGUAUCGUAUCGGAAUAAAUGCAGAAAGAAACCGGAAUUCGGCAACUUACGAAAAGAGCGAGUUACUUGAACAAGUUCGAUUAUAUUUCUCUUAGCGUCGAUGUAAUCGAAUGAUCUCAAAACGUAGGAUUUAAACGGGCUGAAAUGUAUUAUAUUAAAUUUAAAAAGACAAGUAGAAUCCGUUCGUUGUGUAAUCGCGCGUAUAUUUAUUAGCGCAUGUACUUAUUAUUAGAUAUUAGACUUUCCCUCCGGGGGAGACGAGAUGUAACAUUAACUUAUAUAAUCCCCUCUCUUAAGUUUUGUAUCCCUUGUACAUGUGAGUUACAGCUGAUGUUCGUAUAUAAGGAAAAUGUUUAUUAUACGUUGUAUAUACAUCAAGUACUUUCUGAAA